UGUUCUAUAGCAACAACACUGGCAGGAAGGUCGAAAGGGACGAGAAAUCAGAUGUAGUUUGGGGCGGUUUUUUAACGUUUUGAUUUUUCAUACAGGUGCUCGCUAACUAGCGAGAGGAAUCUGCUGUGCUGUCCUUCGUCCUUUAGGCUUCUUGUUUAGUUAUUUAGUUAGUUAGCAGUCAUGGCUCUGGUGGGAUUGAGAGCCUCUUACCACAGAGUGCUCCAGAGAAUCGAGCUUUUACUGCCAGCUAAACUGAGACCUAUUUAUAACCACCCAGCAGGUCCAAAGACUGUUUUCUUCUGGGCACCAAUGUUUAAAUGGGGUUUGGUGCUGGCCGGUCUAGCAGACCUGACUCGACCAGCUGAGAAGCUUAGUACAUCCCAGUCUGCUGUACUGACUGCCACAGGUCUUAUUUGGUCCAGGUACUCCCUUGUUAUCAUACCUAAGAACUGGAAUCUCUUUGCUGUCAACUUCUUUGUUGGAGGUGCAGGUGGAUCUCAACUCUACCGAAUAUGGAAAUACAAACAAGAACAGAAAGCAGAGGUGGGAGCUACAGAGGCUUGACCCCUGACCCCCGACCCCCGUCAGUGCCGUCCCAUGGGAAGAAAACGAGUCCCCGUCGAGCUUAAUGUCCAGGAAACUACACCGCUAUCUCUCGUCUUUUGUUAUCUUUUUGUAAUGUUGUUUUUUUUUAAACAACACAGUAGUAUAACACACAGUUUCCUACUAGUAUUCUUAAUUCCUCAAGAUAAAGACAGUUUUGUCAUUAACGCACAACAUUUUACCAACAAUAUUCAUGGGAUUGUGUAAUUUUCUGUAAAAUAUUAAGUGCUUUAUGGGAAAGAAAUGCUUGUCCAGGUUUUCUUGGGUUGCCAACAUACUAUUUAGUACAGAUGCCUCAGCGGUUGCAAUAAAGAAAUGUCUCCUAGUAAAUUGUUUCUUAGGAGAUGUUUUAAGGAUUAGUUGUAGACAUUUUAGGUGAUUUUCUUGUUUCCCUUUGUUUUUAAAAUUAAUCUAUGCCAUAGUAAAACUAUUGUACAAUUCACACCUUGGAGUAACAUCUUGGACUAAUUUGACAUUGAAAAUAUAUUUACUAUAGUAGCUAAGAUUGCUGGUGAGAUUUUGAGGCUUCAUAGCUACGUUUGGCUCAUAGUUUCGGUUUUGUUAGUUUUGUCAAUUUUGUUAGCUAAGCUUUUUCUUUUAUAAUCAGCAACCUUAGCCAUGUUUCUUGUGUGCAUUUUUGUCCAUUAACACUUUUGAAAAAUGAAACAUUAUCUUAUGAUCUCUAAUAUUGAAACCUUAGAAUAUUAUAAGCUGUCUUAGUUUCAGGCAAUGUUAAGAAAAUCACUUUAAACCACAAAUGAGUUGUAAAAUUGUCUGUGCUUUAAUUUAUACACAGGAUUUCUUAAGUACAACAGCUUGAAUUAAGUGUGAGACUGGCAUUCUCUCCUAGGAGUAGUCAUAUAUGACUAUAGAUCACCUACCUCCAGCCACACAAUGGUAAUAACCUGGUUAAGAAUUAAAGUUCAAAGUAGACUUUUA